GACUCUUUGCAACCGGAAGUACACGUAUCAAACAGAAAUUGUCUGGUAAUAUUAUAAUUCUGCGUAGUAUUAUUUCAUCAUGAUGAUAAGGUCUUAGUCAAGUUACAUAUAUAAGAAGCGUUCUUACUAGAUUACAAUUAAUUUUAGUUUAAAUUGGGUGUUUUUAAUUUUGUCGCAGACGCCUAUAAAAGAAGUACAGCACCAUCCACAAUGAGGACUGAAGCUUUGUGUUUAUUCUUUCUUCAGACAUUUAUCGCUGUUGCUUUAGGAGCAUUUGGUAGCAACAGUGACAAAAUUCGGCUCACAGACAUUCAAACUCUUACACUGAAGAAUAACAUGAUGACCAAAGGCAGACGAUCCUCGGCUGUUCCACAGUUGAACUGUAUUGGAGGAACUGCAGGAUGUAAUGCAUUCAAACCUCAGGUUGUUCAGUGUUAUAACAGAGGGACGGAUGGCAAUGAUGUGCAGUGGGAGUGUAAAACAGACAUGGACAAUGCUUAUCGUUUUGGUUCAGUAGAGGUGACCUGUGAAGGAUAUAGUUAUCCCGAAGACCCAUAUGUUCUGAAAGGAUCUUGUGGACUUGAGUACACAAUAGAUCUGACAAAAGAGGGAUACCAACAGCAGCACAGUGGUGGACAUGACUACUACGGUGGUCAGACAUACAGCACCCCCUAUCGUAACAGUCAGACUUCUGGAAUUGGACGAAAAAUAGGAUCAAUUUUCAGUGAUCUGCUGACGCUUGGAGUGGCAGCUGUGAUCAUUUAUGUUAUCUAUAAGACAUGCAUAUCAGCAGGAACUGGUUAUGCUGGUAACAAUGGCUACAGACCAACGGGAAGUGGUUACCAGCCCCCGCCUCCAGGCUUCAGAGAUGAAUACAUGCAACCAGGAUGUGGAACCACAGGAAAUGCUUACCAAGGUGGGGCAGGCACUGGUGGAGGAUUUUGGUCUGGGGCUUUGACAGGUGGAAUCCUUGGUUACAUGUUUGGAAACAACAGAAAUGAUUACUAUGCCCCAGGUUAUGCCUCCCCUUACAACACAGGCUGGGGCUGGAACACCCGGAGGACCUCCCCAGGCUGGUUCAGUUCUGGGUCUGGAUUCGGUUCUGGGUCUGGAUUCGGUUCAGGGUUUAGUAGUAUGGGAGGUGCUUCAACCAGCACUGGCACUCGCACGGCUUCAGGAUUUGGGGGGACAAAAAGGAGAUAGUGGUAUAUUAAGAAUGUUGUUGGUCUCUGAGAGGAAAUGAAAAAUUAUUUACUGUGAUACUGAUAGAGCACAGGAGCUACAUAAUGUGAAUACAGUAAAACACGGUUACAGUGAACAUGCUUAUGAUAAAUUUACACUUACAGUGAUUUUCAUUUUGUUUUGAAACAUACUCUUAUUGGAUAUAACAGAUUAUGUUUAUUGCUAGUCGUCAGCACUUCACUGUAAGUAUGUUUUACUGUACAGUCAAACCUAAGAGGUCAACUUGUGAGGAAUGAGCCUCUAUGUAAAUGUUUUACCCUGUAUCUGAAAUGUAUGAAGACAAGUAUGAUUUAGUGUCGUUUUUCAUCACCUCAAAACCGAAUGAUUUAUCAUCUUUCAGAAUGUAAUUUUUUCAUCACCUCAAAACCGAAUGAUUUAUCAUCUUUCAGAAUGUAAUUUGGAGUUCAUAUUAGGUUAUAUAGUUUUUAUUAAGAAAUAUGUGUAGUUGGCUAUGUACAGUCAUGCAAAUAUUUGUGUUCUGCUAUGAAUACAUGUAUAAAAAUUGGAUGACAUCAUGUGAAAUUGUCAACAUUGAAUACUUUUCUUCAGCCGUAAUUAACACAAAGAUAGCAAGUGGCAGCUACAUGUAUGUACAGGGAAUCCAGUAAUAUCGGUCCCUAAACAGUGGUUAAUGUCCAUGUUAGGUUAGUACUGGAAGCAGCACCAGUGACAUCGGCCCCUAAACAGUGGUUACUGCCCAUGUUAGGUCAGUACUGGAAGCAGUUAAACACAUAUUAAAAAAUGUUAGAUGGGCCUCAAAGUGGCCUCUGAAGUCGAGUGGCCUUUGAAUAUAAAUGGUCUUUAAAUAAGAACAGGUUUGACUGUAAUUGAUACCAGUAUAUAUGAAUAUGAUAUCCCCGUCAUGAAAGAACUAUAUUGGGAGUUAUUUUCUAUAAAUUAAUUAUUCAAGUUAGGUAGCAUCUGUAAAUAGAGAGGAGUAGCACUUGAUCUUUUUCUAUCAGCUUUUUUUAAUGUUUUAUACUGUUUUGUGUGUGUGUGAUAGCUGUAGAACCGUAGCUCUCAGGGGUACAAAAUUAGGAUAGACCUUGUUUGUCCAAUUUUAUCCCAGAGAGCCACACUUCUGCAGCAAUUCGUGUGUUGAAAUUGAAUGUACAUUAUGAUUUUAUAUGUCGUUUAUUAAGUUUUCUUUGUGUCACAACAUUUUGCAAACACCUGACUGAAGAUAGUAAUCCAGUGUAUGUAGUAAACAAGUUCUCUCAUCUCUCAUAAUUAGUUAAACACUAAAAAUACACCACCUAAGGAAAUGUGUUUUAAUUUCUAUAACGUUAUACAGUGUGAAUGAUGUUGUGUGAUGAAUGAAAGAGAAAUACACCUGUAUAUAUAUUAUUAAGUUUGACUACCUGAGGUAUAAAUUGCUAUCUUUGUGAUCCAUUUCUUUCCAGGAUCUAUUUUUAAAAGUUCCUUGUUAAUAUUUAUUUUACUUGUUAACAAUUUAUAUAACAAAGCUGCCAUUAACCAUUUUCUGUGUAACAGUUACACUUGGCAAACUCUACAGCAUCUACAGUGUUCCAAUGAGCAUAUACAUUGUGUGCAAGUUGUUCAUUGUAAAAGUUUGAACUCUUGUUCACAAGGCUGUGUCAAUCACACAUCAUUUAAUUUUUUUAUAUAUACAUUGUAUCUUAUUACUGUUUUAUCUUAUUUCUAAAAACUGCAUACAAAGUGAUGUGCCUCUUUUGAUAAACAGCAAACAAUUAAUUAGACAAGAUAAUAUUGAACUUUUCUAUGAAUUACUGGGAACAAUUAACAAAUAAUACCAACUAUGGGGUUUCAUUUGGCAAGAGGCGGGUAUACAAUUCAUAUUGCAUGUCAAAUGCAUGUAUAUUUUUAAAAAUUUGUAUUUGAUAUUGUCUUCAUUUGUAAUGAAAUCCCUUCUGGUUAAAUAAAUUGAAGUUGGUGGCAUAUAACGAAA